AUGGGAACCUGUUCAAGUUAAGCAAAGUAGAACAACAAAAUUAUUCAACCAAAACCAAUUUAAAAUGAGCUUGAAACUAACCUUAAUUCAGGUUAAAAGCCACCAGCAUCUUAAAAAUAAGAGGAGAUAGAUGAAUAUCCAAAAUAAUCUAAUUAGGAUGCUUAAGAAUAAGUGGAAAUAAAAGAAAAUUAAGAAAAUUAAGAGAAUUUUGAUGAUUUGAUCACAGAAGAGGAAGCAAUAAAAUCAUAUCUCUUAGGGGAAGAAAUAUCUGACUUGAUUUUAUAGAAGGAUAACAAUUUGGAUGUUCAGAUACAACGUAAAAUAAGGUUUAAAGAUAAGACAUAAAUGGUCUCUAUAAUAAAAGCUCUUUUCUUAUGGUUGAGUAUGAAUUGAUUUGACAUUAUUAGUUUAAAGAAAUUAGAAGAACCAAUUUAUCAGUUAGACAAGAAAUAUCCAAGUGAGAUUCUAAAUAAUUUCUAGCAGUUUUUAUAGCUUUCUUUAUAGGAUCUUUUUGAACACAAUAUAAAUUUAGUGAAAAAUGAAUAGAUUUUGUAAAAAGGUCUUGAAUUGUGUUGUCGAACUUACCAUACAUUAUAAAAUUAAGGAAAAAAAUCAAAAACUUAAAAAAUAUAUACAGAAAUCAUUUAAGAUGAAGAAAUGAUUAUAAGUGAAGAGUUAAAAAAAUAAUACUUAAAAGUUCAAAGUGAAAUAAAACUGGAAAUUAUUCGAACAUUUUCUAAUAAUAAAGAUAUUCCUAAAUCUCAAUAAUAAUAAAAUAAUCCUCUAGUUUUGAUGAAGUUUAAUACAAAACAUGCUAUAACUUUAGCUAAAUAAUAGACAUUAAAAUAAUAAGCAGGAGAUGAUGAGGACAGUUAAUUGCUUUAAUCCCUUUAAGAUGCUUUAGAUUAUGAUAUUUAGAAUAGCUAAUAUGAUACCAGUAAUAUGAAACCAAAAAAGAAACAAAAUUGA